CUUUCCUAUCUCUCAAAAACCAAACAAAGUAUUUACCAUACAACUCAAAGACGAUGUUACUGUUGUAUUUACCGGUCACAAUGAAGUUAAUGAAGAACUUUCAGACGUUUAUAUGACUACAGUAGAACAUCCAAAUGUCGAAAUAUCUGAAAACCAAUCUCCUGAAGUUAAAUUUUCUGAAAUCCAAAUUCCUGAAGUUAAAUUUCCUGAAGUCAAAUUUCCUGAAAUCCAAUUUCCUUCCCUCGAACCAAUUUUUGAAAAAAUUCGGGAAUUCUUUGAAUCAAUAUCCGCUCGUGUUUUGCCCACGCUCGGAUUUGGUGCUGCGGGAAUAAUUAAAGGAAGUUUGGUAGCCAUAUGUCAGUCUAUUGCUGCUAUAGGUCCAGCUGGAUUAAAAUUAUUACCUGUGGUG